CUGUCUUGCACUUUCAGUCCCUUCUCUCUCUAUCUCGUUUGCUUUGUAGGGAGGCACCGCCGUUCUGCUCUCGCGCAAACCCUAGUUAGGGUUUCGGCCGAUUCCUGUCCUUCUCUAUAUUCCUUCUCACUGCGAGCAUUCUGAUUCUCUCCGUCUCGUGAUUUUCAUCCACUCGUUGUCUCUAUGGAUGCGUCUCGCAAGAGAGGGAGGCCGGAUGCCGCCAAUGGAAAUGGCGUUGGAUCGAAGCGGAAUAAAGAGUACUGGGAUUGACGUUGCCUUGUACCAUUAUAAAGGCGCCUUGAUUUGGCCGAUUCAUGAUUAUUUUUUCCGUUUUCUUCUAUUAUUCAUUUUAUAUGUAGAAAUGGUGCUUUUUUCUCCAGUCCAUCUUAUGCUCCUUGUUCUACAGAUAUCAUAUUGUCUAGCUCACUUGAAUGAGAAAUGGACUCCUUUCAACCUGGUAUAGGAGGCAAAUCCAAGCCAUGCACCAAGUUUUUCAGCACUUCUGGUUGUCCAUAUGGAGAGGGUUGUCAUUUUCUGCAUUAUUUUCCUGGUGGCCUUCAGGCCGUGCAACAGUUGACGAACCUAGGCAACCCUGCUCUGGCACCCGCUGCAUGGAACCCAGUGGCUCCUCCACCCUUCCACAAUGGUGCUUCGCCCAUUGUAAAGACUCGCAUGUGCAACAAAUAUAACACUGCUGAAGGCUGCAAAUUUGGGGAAAGGUGCCAUUUUGCCCAUGGUGAACGGGAGCUUGGCAAGCUAUCAUCCAAAGAUGCUCCAAUUGCAGCACCCCCUCCCAUGGGGGGAAGACUUGGGGCAAGGUUUGACCCCGUGCCCCCUGGUGUAGAUCCUGCUGCUAGCUUCGGUGCCUCUGCUACUGCAAAGAUCAGUGUGGAUGCAUCCCUUGCCGGUGCGAUCAUCGGGAAGGGUGGAGUCAACACGAAGCAGAUAUGCCGUUUGACUGGUGCCAAGCUAUCGAUACGCGACCAUGAGUCAGACACAAACCUAAAAAACAUUGAGAUGGAAGGCACCUUUGAUCAAAUUAACCAGGCUAGUGCUAUGGUAAGAGAGCUAAUUGUCAGCAUCUCUGCUAGUGCUAAACUGCCACUCAGGAAUCCAGCUCCUUCUGCCCCGGCUGGCCCAGGAAGCAACUUCAAAACCAAAAUCUGUGACAACUUUACAAAAGGGUCUUGCACUUUCGGCGACCGGUGCCAUUUUGCACACGGGGAAAAUGAGCUUCGCAAGACACCUGCAUGAGAUUACUUUUGACCCAUGUAGUUCUGAGCAUUUUGUUUCUGGAUAUUGGAUACCGAGUUAGGGUCAUUCAACAUCUAUGCCUCCGAUGACUAUUCCACUGUUAUUUAAAACUGCUACGUUUUGUUGUUGUCUAUUUUACUGGUGCUUGGUGCUGACAAGUUUAAUCUGUGGUAGUCAACUCAGUUUCUUAGUAUUCAAGGCUGCCACAUUUUGUUCUUCUUGAAUCCCUGUUCUUGGGGCUGACAAGUUUAAUCCAUGUGCUAGUCAAAUUAAUAAAGCAGGCUUUUCUUAGUC